AUGCUUUAUAACUCUCUGAGUGGUCCCUUGCCUGUGGAAAUAGGUAAUCUGACCAAUCUUGCUGCACUUGACAUAUCAAACAACAAAUUAUCUGGUGAAAUUCCACACACACUGGACAGUUGUUCAUCCCUUGAAGUACUCUUCAUGCAAGGAAACCUCUUUGAAGGAACAAUUCCUCCUCUGAAUAAUUUGAAAAACAUUCUGUAUCUUGAUCUUUCCCGUAAUAACUUGUCAGGCAACAUUCCCAACAGUAUUGCCCAGCAUUUCUCUUUACAGAAUCUCAACUUGUCAUUUAACCAUCUUGAUGGAGAGGUGCCGGUUCAAGCAAAUAAAAGACCGAAGAAGCACGUUGCCCUCAUUAUAGCACUGACUCUUUGUGCUAUUGCUGCAUGCUUAACUUUAUUGCUGCUACUUCUACUUUGCUGCAAGCAAAAAGUGAAGCAGAGGCCUAGCUCAACAUCUUCUGUUGGGGAAGGAUACACAAGAGUUUCCUAUGAUGAUCUCUUAAAAUCAACUGGUGGGUUCUCUUCAAAUAACUUGAUAGGAUCAGGAAGUUUUGGCUCUGUAUACAGAGGAAGCCAUUCUCAAGAAGGAACAAUUAUUGCAGUAAAGGUACUUAAACUUGACAAAAGGGGUGCUUCGAAAAGCUUUUUAGCUGAAUGCGAAGCCUUGAGGAACAUAAGGCACAGGAACCUGGUGAGGAUCUUAACUGUUUGCUCAAGUAUUAAUUUUGAUGGAAAUGAAUUCAAAGCUCUGGUUUAUCCAUUUAUGGAAAAUGGGAGCCUAGACGAGUGGUUACACCGGAAGGAGGGAGAGAUGCCGCAGAAGAGAUUGAGUAUCUUACACAGAUUAAACAUCACAAUAGAUGUGGCUUCAUCAUUGCAGUAUCUUCACAGUCAAUGUCAUACACCUAUAGUUCACUGUGAUCUUAAGCCAAGCAAUGUUCUUCUGGAUAGCAAUCUGACUGCUCUUGUAAGCGAUUUUGGUUUGGCAAGAAUCCUGUCUGACUCAGGUCAAGAGGCUGAAGUAAAUCAAUUCAGCUCUGUUAGGAUUAAAGGCACAAUAGGUUAUGCUGCUCCAGAGACACCGGAUCUCUACUUCCUAAUAUGGCAUGGGUGGUCUAGUAUCAAGUCAAGGGAUGUCUAUAGCUUUGGGGUUCUUUUAUUGGAGAUUUUCACGGGGAGAAGACCAACCAGUGAACUAUUUGAGGAGAAUGAAAAUCUUCACAGCUUUGUUAAGCAUGCAUUACCUGGUCAAGUGAUGGAUGUUGUGGAUCAAACUGCUUUGUAUGACAAAGAACCAGGGGAUCUUACGGAUAUACUCAGCUGCAGAAGUGACUUCAGAAGUGAAAUUGUUGAGUGCUUGGUUUCUAUUCUUACCACUGGAGUUGCUUGUUCAGAGGAAGCUCCACUAGCCAGAACGAACAUGGGGCGGGCUAUUUUGGAUCUCAUUUCAAUCAGAGACAAGUUAAGCAAAACUUUAGUUCAUUCAAAGAAAGUGAAGAGCUCAAGAAAAGGUGAAUAG